CUUCAAAAGUUGAAUAGAAACCCACCAAAGUUUACGAUACUAUUUUUAAUUUUUUAUUGAAUUUUUUUAAAAGGAAAGUGAAAUGAAUGCAUUGAUUAUUCACCCCCAUACACUCACUUAGUUGUUAAUAAAAGAGUCUAUAUCUUCUUCUUCCUUUUCAAUACUUUGUUUCCUUAACCAGCGCUGGAGAUCUCCUGUAGAUGUACCAAAUUUGCAAAGUCUAUAUCAUAAGUCAUCUAACUAACCUCCUAUCCUUUUAUUUAGUCCAGGGCCCGUGAUUUGAUGAUCUAAUUCAAAGUCCCUAUUCACGAACUCGUGGUGUAUCCUUUUCGUCUUUGCUCUCCAUAUCUCUGGCGUUACCACAUGAAUUCUUUUCUCCCACGAAGAAGCAGGUCAUCGUCUUCGAGUCCAAGCUAUUGAUUUGGAUGUAACUUGUUUCAUUUUACUUUGUUAUUAAAUCUAUCCCUCUACUAUUUUUCACAUCAAACAUGCCCGUGUACUAUAAUGUAUAUACGUUUUAACAAAUUAAAUUUACCCCCAUUUUGUGGCUUAUCUUCUCCGUCUGCAACUCCCAAUAAUUAAUAGACAUUAUCCCAUCAUCCAUAUGUUCCGCUUUCUCUUCCUCCGACCCAACAAUAAAUAAACGCAAAAACUUGUAUGUCAUGAAAGAACCUUAAAGACCGACUUUUGAAUUUCAACCACGCUCUGAAAGUCCACAAUUAUUGAUCGAUUUGACCCAAUCAUAAAAAUUGGAACCCAAAAUUUUUAGAAUAUAUGGAUUCCAAAUUAUCAAAGGUUUUCAACCCGGUUUAGCCCGUUGGUCCGGUCGAUAAGUGGGUUCAGGGUUAUUGGCACAAUCUUUUAGCCCGCUUUUGCCCAGAUAUAUGAAAAAGACAUUAAAUUGUUCAUAUUUUUUUUAAUUAUAUAAAAUCUCAUCUACAUAUGGAUAAUAUUCUUCCUUGCCCGGACUAUCUACAUUUGUCUCUCUACCUGCUACUUUCCGCCAUCUUCCUUCGAGCUCCUAAAAAGCACUCCAACGACAUGUAUUCAUCAUGUGAUGAAGGUCGCACUCCUAUGGCGACGGUGUGUGUCAGAUGAGGAAUUAAUUCGGAACGGCCAAGUGGGAAAUGAGCGUGGGGUGUAUGCAAUGGAAGGCAAUAUGUCAUGUAAGGCAAGUUCUGCCAGUAGUCUCUUUGUCUACAAAAUUAACUCAACGUAUUUAGCUUACCAAUUCGCGGAGCAGGAGCUAGAAUGGGAGAGUAAGAGUGUAUAUUAUUCGAGAAUUAUAAUUUCAGUGUGUCGACAGAGUGUGAAUAUUAUAUUACAUUAUAUUAAUUAGUAUAUCAUUUAACUUACUAACAUGUAUUGGUCAAAAUAUUACAACAAUGAAGCGGAAAAAGAAAAAGAAAAUUAUUUUAGUAGAAUGAUAGGUUUAAAUAAUCUUAUUAGACCUGAACAUACUUCAAAAGUUGAAUAGAAACCCAUCAAAGUUUACGAUACUAGUUUUAGUUUUUAUUGAUGUUUUUAGUUUUUUUUUUUUUAAAGGAAUAGAGAAAUGAAUGCACUGUUUAUCCACCCUCAUGCACUAAAUUAGUUGUUAAUAAAAGAGUCUAUAUCUUCUUCUUAACCUUCGAUUCUUUGUUUCCUAAGUCGACGUUAGAGAUCUCCUGUAGAUAUACCAAAUUGGCAAAUUAUAUAUCAUUGGCCAUAACCUCGUAUGCCUUUAUUUAGGGCAAUCCCGUGAUUUGAUGAUCUAUUUGUCAAUCCCCAUUUAAGAAAUCGUGGUGAAUCUUCGGAAGUAGGAAGAUUUUUUUAGCGCUCAUCUAAAUCUUCAAUAACUUUCUAGAUCUCGUGCCGCAUGUAUCCUUUUCAUCUUUUCUCUCCAGAUCUCUGACAACACCACAAGUAUUCAUUCUCCCACGGAGAAGCGGGUCAUCGCCUUCGAGCCAAAGCUGUUGAUUUGUCUAUAACUUGUUUCGUUUUACUUUGUUUAUAGAGAGAAAUUUUUUUUAAGAAGUGAUAUAUGAGAUAACAUUUGUGAAUUUUGAUUUUCGAUGCUCUGAUUUUUAGUUUGAUCUACAAUUUCUAGGUUUUGGAAGAUAGUAGUUUCUGUAAAAGAAUUGUGAAGCAAAAAUAUCAUUGUUACUUUCGUUCUCGUUGUAGGAAAUUUGAAAUGAGACAACAAUUUUUUCAUUUCAGUAUUACAUAUUGUGUAGAGUGUAGAUAAGGACAUAUACUUUCGCUACAAAUUCAUUAGCACAUUUAAAUAGGGUGAAAUGAGCCAACUAUUUGAACACGUAAUGAUUGUUGGAUCCAAUCAUGUCAAAAUAGAAGAGGUUUAAAAUUGACGGUUAGCCGAAAUAAAAUGUUCAAAGGACCAAUAUCAUAUAGUUUACACAAAGAUAUGAUUACGAUUGUUUCAUAGUAGGUCUAAAACUUAAUACUAAUUUAAGAAUUACACAUCACUUGUACAUAUUCAAUACUGCAAUUCGAUAUGGAAUAUUCGAACCAAUGAUAUUUGAGCCGUGAUUUUAAAGUUAUCCUCUAUUUAUAAGACAUAUAGGAAAUUAAUUAAGUAUUAAACAAUAAUGAAAAUGAGGAAUUUGGCCUCUGUUAAUCACACUAAGUUUCAACUCAAAUGCAUGUUCUUCUAAUAAUUUUUGCUUCUUAUUUGUAUGAGAUGAGUUCAACUGGCUCUAUGAAUGUGCAGCUAGAGAAAAAUGAAAUUUACUAUAGUGGGAUUAUGAUGGCUAUUGAGAUGGUUGGGUCUUUAGUCUUUACAGGUUCUCGAAUCUAAAGCAAGAAGAAGAGAUGAUAAGAUAGUCGAACAUGGUAUGUGGUGUUCCAUGUUGUAGUGUUUUGUGAUAAAUAAAAGGAUGAUAUGAUAGUGUAGUUACGUAUACAAAUUGUUAAAAACAACAUCGUUUUGAAGUGUCCCGAUGCUCAAAUCACACCAAUUGGUCGGAUUUUCCGAUUUGAUUGGGUUUUCAUUGGUUUGACUGAGCCUGAUUAGACAACCAACUGGGCCUUCGGCACCCGCUGAGAUACUCAGGUUUAGGUAGAAUUGGUUCAACCAACAGAGUCAAACUUGAAUUGACUAUCAUGGUUAUGACUCUUGUCUGUGUUUGAAGUUACAUUAGUUGAAAUCACAAUACUUGUUUAUUUUCUAUACAAAAUAAAGAUAAAUAAUGGCGAAGACAAAAAUGUCAUUCAUUUUUUUGCUCUCAUUGUAGGAAAUUUGAAAUGGGACGACAAUUUUAUCAUGCCAUUAGUAUAUAUUGUGUAAAGUGUAUAUGUAGACUUGUCCUUGCUUUAAGAAUUCAUUUUAAUAAAUAAAAAAAGAUGAAAUAAACCAACCUAUUAAACUCAACCUCGUCUAAUGAUUAUUGGAUUCAAUCAUGUCUGUCGGAUUAGGAAGAUGUUUAAAACUUAACGGUUAGCCGAGCUAGAAAAUUCAAAGAACCCGUCCCCAAAUAGUUUGUAGAAAGAUAUGAAUAUGAUUGCCUCAUAGUAGUUCUAUAAACUAAUACUAAUGUAAGAGUUCAACAUCGCUUAUACAAAUUCGAUAUUGAAAUUCAAAUUGUAAUAUUGAACCAAAGAUAUUUGUUAUAUGAUUUUAAAGUUAUUCUCUAUUUAUAAGAUAAAUAAAAAUGUAAAUUAAGUAUUAAAAUAUAAUUAAAAUAAUUAAAUAUAAAAAUCAAAGUAUCAAACAUCAAUUAGUACUGAAGGAAGAUUUAGUGACCUUAACUAACCGUUGAAAAGUUCUGUGAUUUUUUAAUUUUAGCUUCAUGUAUGUUUUUUAUUUAAAAUGAUAUAACUAAUUAAUCUAUGUAGUCUGAUUGGUUAAGAUGUUUGUCAUUGUUGAAAAUGACCAUGGUUAAAAUCCUAGUAUGUCUUUCGUUUUUUAGGAAUGAAUGAGAAGCAACUAGAUCAUUGCGAAGACAAGAAUACCAUUCCUACUUUCACUCUCGUUGCAGGAAAAUUUGAAUGGAGAUGGAAGUUACAAUAACCAACUUAUUUAUAUUCUUGUAGAUUUAUUUCCUUUUAUUACGGAAGGGCUAUCUGCUCUUCUUAGCCAAGCAGAAAGAGAUAAGGAUUUCGAGGGAAUUAAACUUAAGGGAGGUGCUCCACCCAUAAAUCAUUUGCUCUUUGUGGAUGAUAGUGUUUUGUUCUCUAAGGCUACUAAGGAGGAGUGUGAAAGAAUGAGAGGAAUCCUGAACCUCUAUGAACAAGAAACAUGUCAACGGGUUAACUUAGUCAAAUAUGAGAUCUCGUUUACACCUAAUGUCAAGGAGGACAGGAAGCAAGAACUUGGGGCAAUCAUGGGAAUGAAAGUAGUAGACUACCACUAAAAAUAUCUUGGCCUUCCAACUGUGGUGGGAAGGCAGAAGAAAGUCGUGUUCAAUUAUCUUGUUGGCAGGGUUAGAAAGAAGGUCAAGUUGUGGAAGAGCACACUCCUAUCGGAUGGGGAAAGGAAGUUCUUAUUAAAAUUGCGGCACAAGCUCAAAUGACGUAUGUGAUGCAGGUCUUUCUAGUCCCUAUCAUUGUCAUCUAGGAAAUCCAAAGCCUGAUCUCUAACUUUUGGUGGAGUAAGCAAAAAGCAGAGAGUAGAACCCACUGGGUGGGAUGGAAAGAUCUUUGCAGAACAAAUAAUCAGGGAGGAUUGUACUCAUGAGUCUUCACGAGUUCAAUCUAGCUUUACUUGGGAAACAACUAUGGAAUUUAAUUCAGAAACCUAGUUCUCUCGUUGCUAGAGUUUUCAAGGCAAAGUAUUAUCCUAAUCGUGAUGUCCUGGACACUGGGGAAGGUUACAAUCCCAGCUAUGUGUGGAGAAGUGUGCUAGCAUCAAAAGAUAUUCUUAGAGAAGGGCUACGAUGGAGGGUUGAAAAUGGCCACAAGAUUGAUAUCUGGCAAGAUCGAUGGAUACCAUCAUCACUCUCUUAUAAGAUUGAAUCGUCUGUCUCCCAGUUCACCCCUACAACUUCAGUCUACGAGCUAUUGGACUUGGACAGCAGGACUUGGAAUUAUUCUACUUCAAUCCUUUCGACCGACAAAGGAUUCUAAAAAACCCGCUUCCUGGACAGCUAGCUGAGGAUAAAAGGAUCUGGAGUCA